AUGUAAAAACAGCCUUAGGUAUUUAAUGGACUCUCCAAUGCUGUGAGUAGUGGUCAUCAACUAGAAAUAUUUUCAUCUAAUGGUCUAGCCUCAGCUUAAGCUAACUAGCAUCCAUAAUACUACUAGACUUUGCAAACACCAAUGCAUCAUUAGCCACCAAUUUAGUUAUAAUCUUAGCCCUCAUUAUCAAAUCAUCAAGCUCAACUUUAAUAGUAAUAGCAGUAAUAAUAAUAGCUUCAAUAGCAACUUUAAUAAUAGCAAAUUCAUCAAUAGCAAUAAUUUCAGUAAUCCUAGUAAUAAAACUAAAUCUAGCAUUAGCAAUAGAUGUAUCAUCAAUAAUAAUAGUAGCAGCAGUAUCAAACUUAGCAAUUCAUGCCUUAGUAAACACCUAUGUCAGUGCCUUAGAUGAUGGGGUUUGCUUCAAGGGGGACAAGAGGAUUAGCUAAAAAGAAAUUAUCCCCGUUUUUGGUUUAUGUCAAGCAUAGGAAGCCUGUACUAGAACAGGAAAGACCUGAAAUAGCAAUGAAGGAGAUAUUGCAGGUUGUUGGCUAGGAAUGGCAUAGACUUACUGAGGAUUAGAAAAAUAUAUACAGAGAUGAAAGUGAGCGAGAUAAAAUGUUGGCUGAUUAGCAGUUAGGCAUCCCUCCUUAACUCUCUAAGUCUAAAAUCCAUCGAGGAGGCAGUCUAAUGGGUGUGGAUUAGAAUGGACAAGUAGUAUAGAUUAAAAAGGCUUUGACGCCAUAUAUGUGCUUUUUAAAGGAAUAAAAACAUUUGUUGAGUUAGUAGCACAGUGAGAUUGUAAUGAAAGAGUUUGUUAGACUUGGAGCUUAAAAAUGGUAGACAAUGACUGAAGACGAUAAAGAGCCUUAUAGGAGAUUGGCUGAUGUAGAUAGAGUCAGGCAUGAAAGAGAAAAACAAAGCAUUCUACAAAAAGGCAAUACCAAUAGUGACAUGGACCUAUAACUAGCUUAGAUGCACUUAGCUUAGAGAGUAUCAUAGAACUAUAAGCCAAUUAUCCAUAUUAAUGAUAUAUCGACUAUUGUUUAACCCGGAGGCAUGCCAUAAUUGUCUCAAAUUUCACUUUUGACCUAGAAUUAAAAUUAAUACAACAAUAAUAAUACUAUCCUAGAUUAAGGUUAACAAUAGUAGCAGUAGUAAUAGCCUUAAUAAUUAAAUUAAACCUCAUAAACUCAAAAUUCAACUCAAGCAUCUCCACAGGUACAAAUAAUUUAAAGAAAUUUAGGAGUGAUUGUGCAGCAGUUAGAGCAGUUGGAUCAGACUAAACCAAAGCCACCCAAUUCAGUACUCUUUUAUUUUGAUUAAGAGAAGCGCUAAGAGAUUCUUGAAAGAGAGAGGCCUUAAACAGCAGAACAUGCUUUUGAACUAAUCAAGACAACUUUUGAGUCCUAGCCAGAGCAUGAGCGCUAGAGAUUUGAAAACAUGGCAAUACAAGAUCAUUAAAGGUUUAGGAAAGAGGAUUAAGAGCUUAUUGGUAGAAAGGAAUAAUUGAGCAAUGCAAAGCUAUCGCUUGAAACUCAACUUAAGCAAAUUUUAAGUCAGGCAGGGUAGAAAUUGAGCUCUACUUAAUAGAAUCUGAUAGGUUAGCCAGCAAACAUCAUGGGUCAUCCAUUUGUGUUUCAGCUCCAGCAAGUUAUUCAAAAUCAGUAAUAGUUGCUUGUAUAGCAAGCAUCUUUGAUUUAAAAUAUCCUAAGUUGUCUUAAGGCAAAUGGCAUAUAAAUUGAAAGUCUUCAAGGCUUUUAAAACAUUAAUGGUCUUUCCACUGCUGCUGUACAUGCGAAUGUUGAUGGCUCAAUAAACAGUGACACUAUCACUAAAUCAGACUCACACUCUCCUCUAAAACAAGAUCCAAAACUGAACGAAAUCGGCAAUCAAAUAUAACCAGAUGCUGAAAACUUAAAUGAUAAUCCAAUGUAGAUUUAAUCAAUUAAUUAGAAUCUACCUGGUGAAUUAGAAAAUUAAAAUCCAUUUAUAUGUGCAGAAUAAGAGGAGUAAAUGUAAUAAGAGGGAAAUGAUUAGGAAAUGCUAGACACAGCUGAAAUGGAAAACUUUGCUGAGGAACUAGCCCAUGAAAAUCACCAAAAGAUAGGUAAUUUGCUUGAGUUAGAAAACAUAAAUGAGUUAAAUGAGGAUGAAGAGGAACAAUUAGAUACUAAUAUAUUGGAUGAAGUAAAAACAGAAGUAAUAGAUAAUUUAGCAGAGGAUUAAUUAGAUAAUCAAGAUGGUGAAGAAUUAGAAUAACAUUAAGAAGAGGCUGAAGAUUUAGAAGAAAAUGAGGAAGAUGAAAAUUGA